ACACACAUCAUUCAGAGGGCUCACAUCAGAUUACGUACAGCCACGCACAGACACAGACAGAGCGCGCGGGAUGCCUGCAAUUUGACAGAUUCCGGCUUGUUACAACAGAGAUCAGCAUCAUGACCAGGUCCGUGCGGGAGGAACACGCGUCCGCGGAGUCGGAGGAGCAGCACGAGCUCUGCAGCCCCUCAGACAGAGAGAUGGAGGAGGGAGGAGGAGCAGGAGGAGGGGAAGAGGACGAGGACCGUCUCCACCAUCUGGAGGACGACGAUGAGGAAGAUGACGAAGAAGAAGAAGAAGAGGAGGAGGAGGAAGAGGGCGAGAACAAGCCCAAGAGACGAGGACCGAAGAAGAAAAAGAUGACGAAGGCUCGUCUGCAGCGGUUUAAGAUCCGUCGGAUGAAAGCUAAUGCCAGGGAAAGGAACCGCAUGCACGGGCUGAAUGAUGCUCUGGAGAGUCUGCGAAAAGUAGUUCCAUGUUACUCCAAAACCCAGAAACUGUCCAAAAUCGAGACACUGCGCCUUGCCAAGAACUACAUCUGGGCUUUGAGUGAGAUCUUGCGUUCUGGCAAGGCACCCGACCUCAUGAGCUUCGUCCAUGCGCUCUGCAAAGGUCUGUCUCAGCCAACCACUAACCUGGUGGCAGGCUGCCUUCAGCUGAACCCUCGGACUUUCCUUCCAGAGCAGACACCCGACCUCCCGACUCAUCUUCCCCCCACUGGUGCUGCCGCCUAUCCCGGACAUUUCUCCUACCAGAACCCUGGGCUGACGGCUGGCUUGCCCAGCCCCCCUUAUGGCACUAUGGACCCCUCCCACAUUUUCCACCAGGUCAAAGGUCAGCCCUAUGGUCCCCUGGAGCCCUUCUUUGAUGGCGUCCUGGUGUCAGACGGUCCAGCAUUUGACCCACCCCUCAGCCCACCACUCAGCAUCAACGGGAACUUCUCCUCAUCCUUUAAGCAUGAGGGUGUCACAGCCUCAGACUACGACAAGAGCUUCUCCUUCAGCGUGCACUAUGGGGGUGGAGGACCUGGAGGACACGCCAUCUACGGCAGCGGGGGGCCCAAUCCACGGUGCGGCGAGCUGCAGGUGGAACAGCUGAUGGGAUUUGAUGGACACUCUCACCAUGAGCGGCUGAUGAACGCCCAGCUGAAUGCCAUCUUCCACGACUCCUGAGAAAGAGGAAGAUGAAGGACUGACAGACUGAUGAAGACAGAGAGACCGUUAUAAAGGGAGAUGGACAGUCAUGUGUAUCUUUACCAUUUCAUAGCCGUUUUUCAGUCUGUCCAUGCUUUUCUUCUUUCUGUCUGCGUCAGGCUCUGUGACUCCUAAUGUGACACUGAAAUGCUCUUUGAAUGUCUUGCUAUUAACCAUAUUAUCAUUUAAAAUAAUCAAUAAUCAAUGAGCAAUAAUCUGGAGAAAACUAUGCAAUUUUGUUAAAACUUGAGCAAAGCUCAGCAGAUAAUUCCAAAUGUUGAAAGAGUAAAGAUUUCUCUAUUUUUGGGUCAGCGUGUGAGGUGGCACUGGGCCGGCGUUGGGCCGGCGUUGGGCUGAAGUGUUCAUGUUGUUCUGUGGUUUUUACUUUUCGCUUUUUAUAACGUUCCUGUAGCGUUAACAUUUCAUGUGACUUGUUCAUAUUUUAUAAGAUAGAUGUUUAUAAAGGCCUUUUAUUAAAAGGAAAUUCACGUGA